AAGCCUUAUUGUUAGCAGAACCUAAUUUCUCAACCGGAUGGAAGAAUAUAGGAUUUGAUAAAAACAUAUGUCCUCACACGCACUUAGUCAUUUGUCCCCGCCAACGACCGACUGCUCUCAGAUCCCGGAAAAAUGCCUUUCAAGAGGUACGUGGAGACCGAACGGGUGGCUCUGGUCAAGUACGGGCCGGACUACGGUAGGCUUGUCGUGAUGGUCGAUGUCAUCGACCAGAAUCGGGCUCUGGUUGAUGCACCUGAUGUGGUGAGGACCCAGAUGAACUUCAAGAGGCUAUCACUUGCUGAUAUCAAGAUUGAGAUCCCCAGGGUUCCAAAGAAGAAGACUCUGAUUGCUGCCAUGGAGGCUGGUGAUGUUAAGAACAACUGGGAACAGAGUUCAUGGGGAAGGAAGCUGAUAGUGCAGAAGAGAAGAGCGUCGCUUAAUUAUUUCAAUAGGUUCAAGCUCAUGGUGGCCACGAUCAAGAAAACUGGAAUCGUCAGGCAGGAGCUAACGAAGCUGAAGAAAUCAAGUGCAGUCUGAAACUGUUUGAGUAUUGCAAUCUUGUUACAAGAUAUUGGGUUGCUGCUAUUUUGAUUCACAGUGGUAGCACCAUCUUGGUAUUUUGCUGGGUAUAUGAGUUUUGCACUCUGCUGGGUUUAAUUAAAGAAAAGGGUAUUAUAGGAAUAC